GAUUGUAAAAAUGCAUUAAUGAAUGAAUAAAUGGUUUGAAUUUAACACUCAUUUUGAAUGUAUUGACAAAAACAACAAUUUAUUUAUUGUUUUGUGAUUUGGUUUGCAAUUAAAUCCCAAACACUUGUGUCCACACGUGUUGUGGUUAUGGAAAAAGGAGGCGCCAACACAUCCAAGAAGAUGACCAAAAGUGAGGCCAAAACGGCGUCGACGGCCACUCUGGCUACCGCUCCGGCCAUCUCUGGCGGCUCUCUGGCCAAUAAGACAACGCCUAAAGACAUACAGAUUGUGACACAAAUACUGAAGGAUAUGGCGAUCACUGAUUACGAGCCCCGAGUUGUCAACCAAAUGGUGGAGUUUACGUACCGCUAUGUGUCUAAUGUGUUAGAAGACGCGCAUCUGUUCUCGAGUUACGCCAAGAAGAAGGCCAUCGAUUGCGAUGACAUAAGUCUAUCGGUUCAGUUACAGGUGGACAAGGGUUUCACGGGUCCGCCGCCACGGGAUCUCCUCCUAGAGAUCGCCCGCACGAAGAAUAACCAAACACUUCCGGCCAUUAAGUCACACAACGGGCCGCGACUGCCCGCCGAUCGAUACUCACUAAUCGCCUGUAAUUACCGGCAAAAGUCAAACAAAUCAAAGCCCGCGUCGACGCCGACAACAUUCCGCUCCUCAAUGACCGGCACUUCGCUACUGAACUCGAAUGCGGGCCUCAAACCCAUGUCGAGUACACCGAAGACCGGCUCACAAACGGUCACUAUUAAGCCGAUGGAUGGAUCGCAGGGAAUGAAGCGAAAGUUAGACGACUCUUGAGUUGUUAAUUGUUAUGAUUUAUUCAUAUCUUGUGUUUAUUAUCCUAAUUAUCAUUAUAUUAUUAUUCAUUUGAAUCGCAUUUUACAUUAUAAUCAUUUAAAUUUACGCCAAUUUAAUGAAAGUUUGUUAUAAUCUAUAAAUAAAUCCAAUUUAUAACAAAUAAAUUAAUAACUUAACAAAAA